AUGGGCGAUCGUAACAUGCUACUGGAGAUGGGUUUCGCCCCAGAGCGAGUCGACUGGGCGCUAUAUGCGACCAAGAACGCAGGUCUGCAACCGGCUCUCGAUCACCUCGAAGCCAACCAGGACAGCGCGGUUCCAUCCGACUACAAAUCGGCACCUGCCGCAGCGGGCACGAGCUCUGCCGGCGCUGGUCACGACUACGACAAGGAAGACGAAGCGGCUCUAGCGGACCUCGUCUCGAAACAGGGUCAGCAAGCUGCGGAUGAUGCGAUCAACAACGUCGGCGAGGCCAAGUCCAUCAAGUGCACCGACUGCGGCAAGACCUUCAAGUCGCCCGCUUUCGCCUCGUUCCACGCGGAGAAGUCUGGGCACACGUCGUUCGAGGAGAGUACGGAAGAGAUCAAGCCGCUCACCGAGGAGGAGAAGAAGGCCAAACUCGAAGAGCUGCGGGCCAAGCUCUCGGCCAAGCGCGCUGCUCAGAGCAAGAUCGAUGCGGAAGAAUCCAGGGCCAACGAAAAGAUCCGUCGCAAGGCAGGUCAGGACCUCACCGAGGUCAAAGAAGACAUGAAGCGCAAGGAGCAGAUCAAGGAAGCCGAACGAAAGCGCAAGGAGAAGGCGGACGACGCGGCCUUCAAGGCCAAGGUCAAGGCGCAGAUCGAAGCCGACAAGCGUGAGAGGGCGGCCAAAGCAGCGGAAGAGAAGGCCAGGAGGCAGGGAGGCGCAGGAGCAGUGGCGCAGGCAGCAGUUCCGGCGGGACCGAGCGCGGCAGCGCUGGCAGCGAGUGCGGGUCCUCAGGUGAGCAAGAGCACUGCUAACGAGGCGAGACUGAGGGUGCGUGCUCCUGGAGGUAUGUGGAUGGGAUCGCUGCCCGCUGAUGCGACGUUGGCUGACGUCGAAGCCAAGAUCAAAGCGGAAGGUAAAGAUGGUGGAAGUGCACAGCUGAAGUUCUCGACAACGUUCCCGAGAAAGUUCUUCGACGCAAGCGACGCCAGCAAGACUCUGCGCGAGCUCGGGCUUGUUCCCAAUGCUGCGUUGGAGGCAUCGGCGCAGUAG